AUGGCGACAACCUCCACGCCGAACUCUAAGGCCCUCCCCGCUCAUCUCAAACUCACGCCUAACAAUCCAAUCAACUCUUCCACAACCUCGCUCGCUCGCUCCAUCCAUGUUCCCAAAUCUCCUCUCAGACGGUCUCUCACCGACACUCGAGAAGCCCUAGGCCUUAACCUCAAGCGUAUGAUAGGGACUACAACUUCAUCCCCCUCCGGUCUUGCUUCUCACGCUCCUUCCGGCUCUAUCGCCUUUUGCACUGGUGCUGCUGUCUGUGUCGUCAAAGUCGACGAAAACCUCCACAUCAAAUCACGCCACUUCCUUCGCGCUCGCCCCUCCGCCAGCGCACACCCCUCCACGUCUGCCGGCCUCUCAUCCUCGGUCCCUAGCACACCCGAAGCCCCCUCCUCUAGCCGCAUCCGAUCUUCCAUUGCUACUCGCGACUCAGGGAUCGGGUUCAGCCCCAUACGUGAAUUCGAUUCUCUAGGCAAAGGCGAAGAAGGAAAAUGGUCAGUUCGCGAUCGCGUAAAGGCUGCUUCGACCGUCAGCUUCUCUCCGGACGGGCGGUACAUUGCUGUCGGUGAAACGGGCCACAAUCCUCGAGUUUUAAUCUACAAUAUUUCGUCAGGGCUUGAAAAUGCAGGAAGCGAUCUGGUGCCCUUUGCGAUAUUAAAUGAACAUACCUUUGGUGUUAAGAGUGUGGCGUUCAGUCCUUGCUCGCAGUUUCUAGCGAGUAUUGGAACAAUCAAUGAUGGAUGUUUGUACGUCUGGAGUAUGCCAGGAGCCAAGGGAGGCCCGGUGAAGCUGCAUUCGAGUAAUCGUUGUACCAAUCUGGUACAGGAUAUGACUUGGAUAGGGAAGGGGCUUAUCACAGUAGGACUUCGUCACGUCAAGAUCUGGAAGAUAGAGGAGGAACCCGCAGCACCGUCACCACAGGCUAACUCGAAAUCACUACACAUGAUAUUUGAGAAGUUCUCACAUGGGAAAUCGAAACAACCGAUACGAUCACAGGGACCGAACGUACUUAAUGGACGAAAUGCACUUCUAGGUCCGCUAUUGGAGGAAGUUUUUAUAUCUGUCACAGCGAUCUCGGACGACCGUGCAAUUAUUGCAACUGAGAAGGGCGACAUCUGUGUUAUCGAUGAUGGACUACAACGGGUGUCAAAGGUUGCCAGCGCGGAUUCUGGGGUUACUUGUCUAGCAGUGGAUCCGCAAAGGAAAUUCGCCUGGGUGGCUUGCAAGCAGGGGACUAUCAGGACACUCAAGCUACAGGAUAUUGCGAACCCGUUAACACCUCCCGAAUCACCAUCGUCACGAUCUGGAUCCCCGAUUCUACCUCUAGGGUGCAAACCUGCAAAUGUGAUCGCGAUGGCCGCUAUGGGGCAAAACUUAUUUCUUAUCGAUACCAACCGCUCGAUCAAGGUUGUUAGUCUGAAAUAUCACGAGGGCUUACCGACACCAGAUAGUGUGGCAUAUGAAUUUCCGGCACAUAAAAGCGCGGUCAAUGGCGUACGCUUAAUGCCUCCAUCAGCACAUAUCCAGGCGGAUUUUUUCACAUGGUCAGCCUGCGGGACUGUAUUAUUCUGGGACAACCACGGUAACAGCCAGAAUGAACUUGUGGUUGAGCUAGAACAGCCGAAGGACGCCGAAGAAGAUAGGAAUGAGUUGAAAGUUGUGGAAUUCUCAGGUACAGGGGAGUUGAUUGUCACCGGCGAUAAAUUUGGCGUUUUAAGGGUAAUCCAAGCAUCUGAUCGAAGUUCCAAUCACGUUGUCAAGGCGCACUCCGGGGAGAUUAUGUCAAUAUCAAUUCACGAAGGCCAAAAGUUCUCAAUUAUCAGCAGUUGCGCAAGGGACCGAACAGUACAAUUAUUUACAAAGAAGAAGCGACCAGGUUCUGUUUGGACGCUGACGCAGACAUUGGACGAACAUACAGCGAGUGUUACGGGUGUCAUGUUCAUGGACAAUGGAACGAAGUUACUUUCCGCCAGCGCAGAUCGGACAAUUGUGGUCCGUGAACUCGCGGUUAAGGAAAAGGGCAAUGGAGAAGUGGAUAUGUUGGCAUAUCUUGCAGCGAGAACUAUUACGCUGAAGGCAUCACCACUACAUAUGGCAUCGUUUAAUGAAAAUUCACCGUUGUUAUUGACGAGUACGACCGGGAGACAAGUUUUCCGAUUUGACAUUACGACUGGCAGGGAGUUACAUUGCUUUAAGUGUACAGAUGAGAAUGGGGAGUCGGUUAUUCUAGAUACUGUGACCCCUGGCAGAGAUGUAACGUUUGGGAAGGGGAGGCUGAUGGCCGGGAUCUCGAGCACCGAUAAAAGCGUCAGAAUUUAUGACAUGGCCGGAAACCUGGUGGAGAGGGAAUGGGGUCACACAGAGGGGGUUACAGAUGUGGCGAUGUUUGAGGCCCCUGGUAGCGGAGAGGACGGAAGGCGGUUGACUUUGAUUAGCACGGGCACCGAUGGGACGGUGAUGAUUUGGAGUUAUAAUUCGAAACUUAUUGGGGAUGCGGAUAGCGCUGAUGGGAUCUCAAUCUCGGACAUAACAGCGUCAAAAGCGCCUAUCCGGAAAGUUUUGUCGAAAGCAGAGAUUAUGGAGCUGACUACCGGCAAGGGAUCUGAUGCCGCAAGUAUCGCUUCGGGAAAGACGAAUCAUAAAGAGAAUAGGAAGGAUUCACUGCUCGGAGCGGAUUGGGCUAGUUUGUCGGACGUUGAGACGAUAAGCCCUACACCCACGCCUUCAACGCUUCGGAAGGUCGAGAAUAGUCCUGUGAUGAGUAAUCCCGCGCCGGUUGAGAGGCCGACUACAGCUGUUCCGACCACCGCUACAAUGAAUAAUACAGUUCCUGCGGCUAGGUCCAGGCUGACGGAACGGCCUAAGAGUGCGAUAAUAUCGACAAGCCCGCCAAAGCCGCAGAAGGGAUCGCAUCGGAAUUCCUUAGCGUGUAUGCCAAAGUCUGGGACGACCUCUACGAUAAACCUUGCUGCUCCGACGACAAAGGGGGAUAUUGCAUCAAGGGCGCCUUCGAGGGGCUCUAGGACGACGUCACGGAGUGAUACAACAAGGAGUCAUACGGAUACGGAAACUAGCACUUCGAAAGGGACAGUCAAGCGGAAGCUGAGACUCCCUACGCGGCCGCGGGACCCUUCGCCUUCAACAACGGCUUCAAGUAGGAAUUCGAGGUCGGUGUCAUCGGGGACUGGGGGUCCGUUGGCUUCUAGACGAGGGUCUAAUUCUACUACUUCAAGGACAUCGUCGAUAAGACCCUCUGGAGCGGCUGCGCAUAGCAAUAGCAGCGGUAGUCGAGAGGCUAGUGGCGAGAUUGCGAAUGCCAACGCCCUGUCCGAACAGAUGACGAGGAGUUUAGGUGUGUUCAGAAGGAGGGUAGAAAGUACCCAGUAUGCGAUUAAGCCCGAAGUGCGUAAAGAGCUAGAGAAGGAGUUGCUUGCUACGCUGAGGUGUAUCGGAUGCCCUGUACCAUCAACAGUUACACCUACAGUGAGCAUUAGUGGAGACGAAGGGGCUUUGAGUCCCCGUAGUUUGGCGAAUGGAGGGCCGGCAUAUACUUAUGGCAGCGGGUCGGUCGAGGGGCUAGGGCUGAGAAUGGAUGACCAAAUGAUGGCGCUUGUUACAACCUACUCAGAGAGAUUACUGAGCGUGGUUCAGAAUAGCCUUCCAGAGUUGGCGAGUCCACGGCCGAGCUUGAGUGGUCCACGACCGGGGCGGUGA